AUGAUCAAUGCAAGCGGUUACCAGGUGCAGAUCUUCAAUGUAGGCACAAACAAGCCAUACGAAGAAGCCAAUGUCACUACUGGGUUUGACUCAGAUGACCGGCGCUUAUUUCGGGACGAGUCAAUCAGCUGCGGCAUCAAGAUAGAACUAGGGCAAAGAUAUGGCAUCAAGGUGAGCGUGCCACAAAACAGGAGCCACGCAACCGGAAUCCUCGUUUCCAUCCUCAUCGAUGGAAACAAGGGGGAUCAGAGACAGAAGCGGGCUUGGACCCUCCUGGAAGAGCGCUUCAUUCCCAACCAGAUGUGGACCGGUACCACGGCACCACGCAGCAUGGUCAUCUCUGACACCGUCGUCGAGAGGCCGAGCGGAGAGCUCGCCGAGUCAGCAUUCUUCUUCCGGGAGUUCAUCAUUGACGAGGGGCUGGAAGUUCCUGAUAGGAACAUAGGCAUCUUCCAUAAGCGAUACAUGGGGAAGAUCACAGUGACCCUGCAACACGGGUUCCUGGAUGAAUCUGAGAUUCCGAGGCGCAUGUACGGUUCCAUGAAGAACGGAAGGGAUCUAGACGCCCCGAACCAGUCGACUGCAGAGAGUCUGCAUCACCACACUCCGUGCUACACACACAUGGAGAUGGUGAACGCAGUCACCAGAACCGACAACCACACCGAGAACACCCGCUUCCGGGCGGUGAAGGGGAAAUACGGGCGCACAUUCGAAUUCACGUUCUCAUAUGACAACAAACCUUCUGCCGACCUCGAACAGCCUGACAACCUCGAACCUUCCGGACAGGCCGGACCCUCCGAGCGUCCGAUUCCUAACACUACCACGUCAUCCAUCGAUCUUUCUCCGGCGUCUUCCAACACCGAAGCCUAUUCUUCUCACAAUUCUUCUCACAAUUCCCUACCCGUAGACGAGAACGAAGCAGCCCAGGCUCAGAGGACGUUCCCGCAGAACAAGGGCAAACGCAAGGCGGAUUCACAGCCCAAUGCAAGCGCCUCAAGAAAGGCUAAGCAAGUCAAGGCUUCCGCCGCCACUACUACAGCGAACCUGCAGAUUAGACAAGCUUCCAGACUGACUCGGAGUGCCAUGAUGCAGCUCCAGAACGCCCCCGAACCAGCCGAUGACCUUGCGACCACCAUGCAGACUGCCUCGAUUCAGGACGAUGAAGGCGAUCGACUGCUGAAUCAGGCUGGAAAUCAGAUUGCGCGGCGGUCUAUGCCAGCGCCGCAGCGUCGAAGCCUCAACCAGCUCCGGUAUGAAGCUCAACUUGCCGCGGUCAAGCGGGAGGAGGCUGUAGCCAGGGCCAAAAUGUGGCAGGCCAAGGAAGAAGCAUUUCGGCACGAGGCGAGGAAGCUUAAGGCGGAACAAGCAGUAGUAGAGUACUUGGAGGCCCACCCGGAAGAGACGUCGUAGGCGCUACAUGUAGUAAAGGAGAAAGAUUGUGGAAGGUUCAGUAGACGUGGUGUAAGAUGAUGGUCGAAGCGUGUGUCUUUGACGCCAAAAGAUGUACAAUAGUUGGUU